AUGCCAAAGCUUUGCGAGAGGCUUUAUUGUUUCUUCGCUUUCGGAGAUUUCGCGUUUUCCGUCCGCUCGCUUCUUCAAUCAAACCCGGGAAAAUGGCUGGUGGUAAAGCAGGAAAAGACAGCGGCAAAGCCAAGGCGAAAGCAGUGUCCCGCUCCCAAAGGGCUGGACUGCAGUUCCCAGUGGGUCGUAUCCACAGGCACUUGAAAACUCGCACCACCAGCCACGGUCGUGUAGGAGCCACCGCAGCUGUGUACAGCGCUGCUAUCCUCGAGUACCUCACCGCUGAAGUACUAGAGUUGGCGGGCAACGCCUCCAAAGACUUGAAGGUGAAGCGUAUCACUCCCCGUCACUUGCAGCUCGCCAUCCGUGGAGACGAGGAGUUGGACUCCCUCAUCAAGGCAACUAUUGCUGGAGGAGGUGUCAUUCCCCACAUCCACAAAUCCCUCAUCGGGAAGAAGGGCCAGCAGAAGACUGCAUAGACGCCAUGUUGACCAGAAGUUUUUGGGCUUGGAUCGGACCAGGAGUUCACAUUUGUUCUUUUUUAUUAAUAUUAUAGCAAACGAAGAGUGAUUGUUAGGCUUUGUGUUGUUAUAUUUUCCCAUAACUAGAAAAAGUACAGUAAACCCCUUAACGACAAAAAAAAACCCCUUUGUAUGUUAUUGUAGAACGUUUGACUGGGGGAGUUCGUGAUUAUUUUCAGUGGUGACAGUGAAUUUGUUUGAUUGGCCUGGGACUCUGUAAUGUUUUAUACUGAAAAAGAAAUUGUUAAAGCAUUUUUUAUAUAAAAAAAAAAAACUUGCUUUGUGGUUAUUUUCUUGAAGUUACGAUAUUUACUAUAAUACAAGUUUUUAAGGAGCAGAGAUUUUUGAACAGCAAAUUAGUGAACAGCUAACUGAGAUGGUGCUUAUUUUCCUUUUGACUCACUGUAAUCUUUUGAACUGCACAACCAUAGUGUUGUAUUAAAAUAAUUUUUUACAUUAAAAUGGAAAAACCGUCA